GUAUAAAUACAGUUAUUAUUGUUUUUGGUUAGUUUUUUUUAAAAAAUAUUUUUGAAGUAGAAUACCCAUACCAAAAUAAACCCAAACUAGAUAAAAAAAAGUAGAUGCUGGUCUAUAAAUAGCCGCCAUUUGAAAACACCGCCAGAUUUGACUCAGCGAACAAGUCGAUUCUUGAAUUUUUAAUGGUUUUCUUUGAUCAAAAAAGUACAACCAAAUUUUAGGAACUUUUGGAAAGAAAAUUGCCUUUGUAUUAACGUUUCCACCAAUACAUUUCAAGAUUCAGUUUCAGAAAUAUGUUUGGAAUAGGAUUCGGCUCACAACAGUCGCAAAUUCUUGGUUCGUUUCCGUUUGCGUCAAAAGAUCUGUUCCAGGAAAUAGAUAAUUUCCAACUCAAAGCAAUGGACCAGAACGGUGCCGGCGACAGUCCGGACAUUUCAGACAAGACCAAACUGAUUGUGAAUUAUAUUCCACAAUUCGCAACUGAAGAAGAUUUGGCACCGAUUUUCUCUCCUUUGGGAAAUGUUGAGAGUAUUAAAAUAAUGAGGGAUUACAAGACAGGUUACAGUUUCGGAUUUGGAUUUGUGAAAUAUUUUAAUGAAGCGGACGCCGCUAAGGCUAUCAGCGUACUCAAUGGGUUUAAUUUUGGUAACAAAAGAUUGAAAGUCUCCUACUCAAGACCGCCGGGAAACGACAUGAAGGAUUCCAAUUUGUUCAUCACCAAUCUGCCGAAGGAAAUAACUGAGCAUGACAUUGACAAACUAUUCAGUAGAUAUGGGGAAAUUGUGCAGCGUACUCUUUUAAAGGACAAACACAGCGGAUUACCGAGAGGAGUAGCUUUUGUGAGAUUCUCCAAAGGCGAAGAAGCCCAGGCAGCAAUAGCAGACUUGGACGGUAAAGUAGUACUGAACGCCAUCCUGCCCCUCUCUGUUCGCGUAGCUCAGGACCACGGAAGACAAAAAGCUCAAUAUUUGGAACCUUGGAAUCCAUUAACUGCAGGUUUAGGUGCGAGGGGUUUUCCGACACUGAGAACAACCAAUUUAAUGCAGUUUCGGGAUUUGGCAAUCCCAACCAGAUCGAUCCCUCCCAACAGGUUUACCCGACUUCCCACAUUUACCAGUGCCACCACACGCAACUUGGGCGCUGGUGACAAUUUGUUUCCAAAUCAAUUUUUCUUUUAAAGGAAAAUUGAUCUUUUUUUUGUUAAAUGGAACUGAUCAUUGGGCGAAAAAUCAAAUUGGUUCAAUCUAAACCACAUUCGCCCAAUAAUCAGUUUUAGAAAGAGAUUAUGUAUUUUUUUUAGAGUUAUUUUAUUGUUUGUUUUUUUUAUUAGUGAUUUUGUUCAGAACCCUAUCGCCUGCUUAAUGUGUUUUGUCUAUUAUUUUGUUAUAGUGUUUUUUUUUUUGUUGGUUUUAAAUAGGGCUUUUUUUUUGUUUCCCUGAUAAAGGCAAUAGGGUUUCUAUUUUGUUUGUUUUUUUCUUUUGUUUAAAUGGGAGCAAAGACUGUUUUGUUCUAGAAGAAUAUUUUAGUUAUACUAUAAAUAACCUCUUAUACUUACACAUAAAAAAAUAUGUGUGUUUAGAAUUUGAACACUAAUGUAAUAAGAAAAUAGAAUCUCGUGAUAAAAUAAUAAGCUUAACACAGUCCUGCUGGAUAUUAUAGUGUUCAAAGUCUAAAAGUAGAAAUACCUUUAAUUAUUUUCUAGAAUAUUUUCCUUGAUUAUUCAAAUAAGAAAAAAAUUGACUUUUGUUUUGCAAUAAUAAAAAAUAAAAUUAAUAUUAAUGGGUCAAUUUUUUUCUUACACUUGUUAGUACAUACAAGAAUUGUCAUAUUUAUUUUUUUAUUAUUUGACACUAGGCAUCGUUUUGUUUGAAUAAAAAAUAAAGGUCGUUAACUAAAUGGGUUUUGUUUUCCUUUUCCUAUAAUAAAACUACACUGCUUAGAAAAAAAAAAAUAUUUAUUAGAUUAGUGUUUCAUCCCAGAAGUUUCCCCCUGAGUUUUCUUUUUAUCUUCAGCUUCUUUUGCUCGUUUAAUUUGCAUCUCUUUUUGUUGUUGCAUCACUUUUUUGAAGGCGUUUUCUUCUUCCAC